AUUGAGGAUCGUACUCAAUAUUUGCAAAAUGAAAAUCCUCCAAGUUUGGCUUAUAACAUUUUAAAAAAUAUUUCAAAUACAAUGUCUGAUAGAGCUGCGACAGAAAAAUCAUUCCAGCAACUUCUGCAAGAUUACAGAACAACUCUUCUGAAAGAAAACAUGGACAACUUUAAUGAACUAUCAGAACCAGACCAAUUACUGAUUACUAAAAUGAAUAAUUUCUUUUGUGGUCUUCAUCUUUUAGUCAAUAUUGCAGAUUUGAUGUGCAGUAUCUUCAAAGAAUGGGAGCAAACUGUGAUGAAUAAAGAAGUAGUUGGGGAGUCAGCAAUUAUAAAAACAGUAAGAGAAGUAUGCAAGGCAUUUGUUCCUGGCGUGGACAAUAAAAAUGGAGCAUCACUAGAGCUAAAAACAUACCUGUCAAGAAUCAACGUUAAAUUUCAAUUGAAGUCAUUCCAGGGUAACCGAUUCAACAUUGUCUUCCAUAAUGGAGGAGUAAUAUAUUACCUUCAUGAACAUUUCAUUUACUUCCUUGAAAAUAUAAAAUCAGAAGGCAAUACCAACACCUUGAAUGGGCUGAUGAAAGACGUAUUGAGAAAUUUGAAAUGCAGUCACAAUAUUGUAGGCUUAAGGGCAUUAGGAGUUUACAAUAAAUUUAUAACAUCACCUCUUUGGAAAAUUAUUGAAGCUGACAAUACACAUAUUCUAGACAUGAAUGCGCACUACCAUAAUCUCAUCCAAUUUUUAGAAGAUGUUGCUACAAAUAUAGAAUCAGCAAACGAACUCUUAACUGGUGAAAAGCGACCAUUCCCCAAUAUAAAGAUAAAAAAAGAUGAAGUCUGGGAAGUUUUGGUCAAACAACAGACCAAUGAUGCCGAAACUGUGAGUCUGUUAAUGCAGAUGGCUGCCGCAACAUGCAAAUCAUUAAAAGAAAAAGUAAAAGAUCAUUUACCCGAUGGGAAAUUUGAAAAUGUUACAGCAGAUGUACAAAUACAAAUGAAAUCAGUCAUUCCACACAACAAAUUACCUGAGUGGGUAUUUGGAUACCUUGAUUGGCUCCUUAAACACAGACCAAAUUCAACAAGACUAGCCAACGAAGCACACAUCGUAUACAAAUUAAACAAAACAUCAGAGUGGCUCCACAAAAAAACUGAACUAGAGAUUGAAAAGCUAGUUCAAUGGUCAAAAAGAAUGUUACCCAGAAUCAAGUUUCAGGAGAAAGAGAGAAUCAAAGAAAUAAAAAAGCAAAUGGAGGAUUUAAGCAAAGCAAAGGAAGAAAAAAGCAAGACAAAAAAAGCCAAACAACUGGAAGAGAAAAGAGAAUUACUGGAUGCCAUCUUUGUACAAGGGCUUUGGAAGUCAAGGCAAGAAAUAGAAAUGAAACUACAGCAGAAGUCAAAAAAACUGUAAAGAAAGAUGUUGACUAAUCAAAUAAAAUUUAGACAGUUAGUCCUAGAACAAUCAGCUGACAAAAAAACUUUCCAAAUAAGCAGAUUUGAAGGCAAACCAGUUACUAUAGAUAUGCUGAUGUCGAACAUGGAGAUCUUAAUAAGAUUGGAACAUGUAUCAGAAAUAGAAGUAGAUGUAGAAGAAACAGUGACAGAAGAAUAAAUGGCAACAUAUGAAUGAACAUAAACUUAAAAUUGAAAUAAAACACAUUUCGUUUUGAUGUAUUUUACAUAUAAACAAUUGGAGAUGUUGGAUACACUUUAAUGAGACAGCAAGCCAGCAACACAAUCACAAUAUAUAU